GGGCCGCCCGGGGCGGGCGCGCGGCCAUGCUGUUCUCGCUGCGGGAGCUGGUGCAGUGGCUGGGCUUUGCGCCCUUCGAGGUCUUCGUGCACCUGCUGGCCCUGCUGGUGUUCUCCGUGCUGCUGGCGCUGCGCGUGGACGGGCUGGCGCGCGGCCUGUCGUGGUGGGCCGCCUUCGCGCCGCUGUUCGCGGCCGACGGGCUGAGCGCCUACUUCACCACCAUCGUGGCGGUGCGCCUGUUCCAGGACGGCGAGCGGCGGCUGGCCGUGCUGCGCCUCUUCUGGGUGCUCACCGUGCUCAGCCUCAAGUUCGUUUUCGAGAUGCUGCUGUGCCAGAAGCUGGCCGAGCAGGCGCGCGAGCUGUGGUUCGGCCUCAUCGCGUCGCCCGUCUUCAUCCUGCUGCAGCUGCUCAUGGUCCGCGCCUGCAGGGUCAACUAGCGCCCGGCGUGGAGUGCAGCCCUCGGCCGCUGGCAUGGACCCAGGAGCCCAGGCCAGCGCCCUGAAGAGCCGGCCCGCCCGAGACCGAGUGCCGCGGCCGCCCCGGGCCCGCGGCCGGAGCUGCGGGGACACCCAGCCCUAGGACCGCGCGCCUUUGCGCUCCACGAUGGCCGAGAUCCAAUAAAAUGUUCAGUGUUCCCCCCGGGAGGUGUGUGUCCUCCAUGCACGGUGUGUGUGUCUGUGUGUCUGUGUCUCCCAGGGUCAGGCCGGGGGGCGGCACCCCGACGCCGGGCCGAGGAUGGACUCGGAACGCAGACGAGUGCCGGCCAAGUGGGCAGGGCCACCGUGAUCCAUCGCGUGGGACAUCACCAAGUCCCCCAUGAAACCGCAUUGCCCCAGGAGCAGUCACUGACCGGCCCUUCCCAGAGCGGGCUGUGUGGCCCCUUGCCUGGGGAGGCCUGGCUGCUGGUGGAGCUUCCCUUCACAGCGGGGUCCUCCUGCUGGAGGAUCCGGACAGACUGUGCCUUCUAGAACAGCCUACGGGGCAGGGCAAGGCCCGUGCUGACCACCGCAGCAUCCCUGGGCAGGCGAGGCCCCGGCUGGGAGCUCACCGCCCACGAAGGCGGGCUGGGCGCUGGCGCGACGAGGAAGUUCAGCAAGGUCACUCCUGCGCCGAGUCCAGGGGUCCACCCCGGCCGUCCGCCAGGUCCUGCCCCGCCCAGC